AUGUCGACUUUGCGGAGCGAGCCGAUGGUGCGGGGGACGAUAGUGCUGCCGUCUUCGCUGCCGGUGGCCCACGAGCUGCUGGAGCGUUUGGGGCGGCUGGGGGCUGUGCAGUUUGUGGACAUGCAAGCAGCAGCUUUGGUGCGUCCUUACAACAAUUACAUUCAAAGAAUAGAAGAAAUGGAAAGAAUAAUAAGGUUUUUGCAGGAAGAAAUCCGCUGCCUGGAGGGCGGCCCGGGCGCAGCAGCAGCAGCAGCAGCAGCAGCAGCAGCAGCAGCAGCAGCGCCGCAGGGGCUCGUCGUGGUGGCCCCCGACGGCGAACGCAGCUUCCUCGAAAACGGCCAAGGCUAUGUCUUGGACAAAGUGGAGGAAGCUUUGAACCGGCUGUACGGACAGUUCGUGCUGUUCAAAAGCAACAAUUCAAGUUUGCAAUCCGAGAAAAAUGCUGCUCUUGAGGAGCAGUGUGUGCUGCGGGUGGCGCUGCAGCAGCAGCAGGGCGGCGCAGCAGCAGCAGCAGCAGCAGCGCGCGCGCCGCCGGGCUCGCCGCCGCCCGAGGCGCUCUCCGACCUCGAGGACGGCGGCGCCAACUCGCUGCUGCUGCAGCAGCAGCAGCAGCAGCAGCAGCAGCAGCGCAACUCCGAGGAAGACCUGGGGCUCGGCCGCAAAGCCGCAGCAACUGCUGCUGUGUCUGCUGUUGCUGGCGUGCUGCCAGCAGCAGAAAUCCCGCGCUUCCAGCGCACGCUCUUCCGGGCCACGCGCGGCAACGCCUUCUGCUUCUUCCAGUCCAUCGAGCUGCCCUUCUGCGACCCCAAGUCCGGACAAGAAGUUCAAAAAAGUGUUUUCGUCGUUUACCAUCAAGGAAGCACGCAGUCGCUGCUGCACGAAAAGAUCACCAAGGUCAGCAGCGUCUUCGGCGGCUGCUGCUACGAGUGGCCGCUCAGCCUCAAGCAAACGCAGGAGAGAUUGGACGGCUUGGCAGAUGUCAUUAAAGAUAAAGAAAAGGCGCUGGCCGCCUACGAGCAUUACUUUUUGGGGGAGAUUUCCACUUUGCUGGACGUUCCCAGAGAGGGCAGCUCUUCGUUGAUUGAGGAGUGGCGCAUGUUCUGUCAGAAGGAAAAGGCCAUUUACGCCGCCCUCAACUGCUUCGAAGGCAAGCCGCCCUGCCUAGCCAGUAGCUAG